CCCUCGCUCACCACAGCGAGAAUCUGCAGCUGAAAGUUAUGUGUCGUCGGCUAGCUAGGAGUUUAACAGAAAAAAAAAAAAUUAACUGUGGUUAAUAUAUAAUAUUAUUAACUAUUCACACCUUCACACAGAUCCAUCAAUUCCAUAAUUCUAUAGAUAAUUUUAUUCAGGCCUUGUUUUCUGAGGGGUGUGUCUCCUUAAUCUUAUUUUUUUUUUAUCUUUAAUAUGACGUUAGCUAGCCACUGUGCUAACCAGAGAGCUAACUCAGUGACGGUUGCUAAAGCUGAAAACUGCUCGCGCUAAAACGACAGUUGCCAGAUUGUCAAGGCUGUUCUUUUGUUUUGUUUUUUUUGUUUGUUUUUUUUUUUUUCUUCUUCGCUUUAACAGCUUUUUUGGCGAGUCUACGAGAGACUGGUCAGUUAUUUAUUUAUUUAUUAAUUAAGUAUUAUUAUUAUUAUUUUUUAAAACCCCUCCUCCUUUUCGUCGACUUGAGCUUGGUCUUGGUGGAUUAUGAAUUAUUCAUGAGCGCGAGGAGAAUGUGACGCUCGGGGGGCGGGGUUUCAUGCGCCGGGAGGCGGAGUCACGCGCCACAGGAAAAUAAAUGUAAGAUCCUUCAGUGCGCUCUAACAACGCUGCACUGAUUAGAAGAUGAUAGAAAUGUCUGUUGAUAAAGAGACUGUUUUACUGAGCGACCAGCCGGCGUACGCGUCUUUACCCCAACAGCAGCCAGAACUUUCCGGAAAUGGCGCUGAAGAUCCUCAGCAGUCUGCUGAAACGCCGAACCUCGCCAACGAAGAUGGCGACUGUAACCUUGCUGAGGAGAAUGGAAACAAAACAGCCAUCAGCGACGACGUAGUGACGCAAAACCAAGAUGGUGUCCAGAAUCCUAAACCCCAUCAGCAGAGACCGAACAAACGCCGGUGUACGAUAAGCGGCGGAUUUAAGCAUCCCGUGUUCGGGAAACGUCGCCGCCGUGCCAACUCGGAGAGCGAGUCCGUCCUGCCCACCAACUUCCUUCUGGGUGGGAACAUCUUUGACCCGCUCAAUCUCAACAGCUUAUUGGACGAGGAGGUGAACCGGGCGUUAAACGCAGAGACGCCCAAAUCUUCUCCGCUGCCGUCUAAAAGCCGCGAUCCGGUCGAGAUCCUGAUUCCGAGGGACAUCACGGACCCGCUGAACCUGAACGGCUGCACCAGGGGCGACGCGGGCAUCGUGCUAACUCCGUUUAAAAGCGGCGGAGGACGGAGGAGACACCGGAACCGGCAGCACGGAGGAGCAAGAGGAGGUGUGGGAAGAGGAAGAGAAGGCGUGGUAGGAGGAACAGGAAGUGUCGAUAGCGUAGGAGGAGGUGAAGGCGUGGCCAUGGAGCUCAACCAAUCAGAAGGGUGCUUAGCGUCAGAAUCGGAGUGCACGUUAGCAUCCUCAGGGAAUAACUUCCAGAACAGCCCAGACGCCGAAGCUGUUCUAAACGAAGACGCGGCGGAGUGCAACUUCCCGCCAAAACAGGAAGUUCACGAGGAAAAAGACGGCACGCAGACGCCUGUGACGCACGCGCCGCACCGGCAGCGCAAACGGAAACGCAGCAGCAGCAGAUCGGAGAACGCCGGCGGCCCGUGUUGGGAUAAGAACCGAACGACGGGUCCGGAUUCGGCACAGCAACAUCCUCCACACCAGCGGGGGCAGCAGAGGAACCACCACAAACAGAACCCGAGAAACUGCAGUCAACCAAAACCAAACCAGCAACAACAACAACAACAACAACAUCAUCAUCACCAGCAGCAGCAGCAGCAGCAGAAGAAGAAGUUUCAGUACGGGAACUACAAUCAGUACUACGGUUACAGGAACCCGGGCGCGAUCGAGGACGCUCGGAUCCGCGUUUUUAAACCGGAAUGGUUCCAGGGGAAGGAAGUCCUGGAUUUGGGCUGUAACACGGGUCACAUGACUCUUACUAUCGCGAAAAACUGGCGGCCGGCACGCAUCGUAGGUCUGGAUAUAGACGGCGCGCUGAUCCACGCGGCGAAACAGAACAUCCGACAUUAUCUCUCAGAAGUGCACACGCUCCAGGCGAGGAAGGAGCGGAACGAGGACGAGACGCCGAACAAGAAGCCCGAAAUGACGAAGAAGCAGCGAGGAGAAGACGGAGAAGAAAAGGACAAAGAAACGCAAUCUGAAGCUGUCGGAGAAAAAGACGGAUCAGAGGACGGAGAGAAUGAGACGGACCAGGUCAGAGAAUCCGUAUCGUCCAACGGGAAUCGCUUAUUUCCCGUUUCGCUCUGCGUCUCCCGAGGACCGAUCGCCGCUCCUCCUCUCCCCGACACACCCGCACUUCCUCCUGGGAAUUUUCCCUCCAACGUCUCGUUCGUGAGGGGGAACUACGUGUUGGACAGUGACGUGUUGUUGGAGACUCAGCGUGAGGAGUUUGAUGUGAUUCUGUGUCUCAGUGUCACUAAGUGGAUUCACCUGAACUGGGGCGACGUCGGUCUCAGACGCUUCUUCCGCCGCGUGUAUCGUCACCUUCGGCCCGGCGGCGUCUUCAUCCUCGAACCCCAGCCCUGGAACUCCUACAGCAAGAGGAAGAAGCUGACGGAGACGAUCUAUAAAAACUAUUUCAGCAUCCAGCUGAAGCCGGAGCACUUCUCCUCCUUCCUGACCAGCGAGGUCGGCUUCUCCAGCUACGAGCUCCUCGGAACUCCUAACAGUUCAUCACGAGGAUUUCAGAGACCGAUUUAUCUGUUUCACAAAGGCCCUGGUCCUCAAAAGUGUGAGUGUGUGUGAGUGUGUGUGAGUGUGUGUGAGUGUGUGUGAGUGUGUGUGAGUGUGUGUGAGUGUGUGUGAGUGUGUGUGAGUGUGUGUGAGUGUGUGUGAGUGUGUGUGAGUGUGUGUGAGUGUGUGUGAGUGUUAAAUUGGGAUCAAGACGGCGUGCGAGCUCCAGGAGAUUCCCCGCGCACGUGAGCGCACCGCUGGAGGAAGUCGCUUUCAUCACUUCCUCCUGAGCGUCAGACAGAAACACAGACUGAGAUGAAACGAGGCGAGACUGAAGCGCGCGACUUCGUUCUUCUGUGUUUGCGGGAAAAAUUGUUUAAAAAAAAAAAAAAAAAAGUUUGUGUGUGUGAGAAUUUUGAACAGGUUUGAGAUUUCAACUAUUUUUUUUUUUUUUUUGUUAAAGAUUUGUUUGUUAUUUUGCUUUGUUGAUUGUAAGAAGGCGCGAGGUUCGUGCUGAUGAUCGGUUACACGUCGUAUCGCGAUACGCUUCAAGCUGCACUGCAUCAGUUCUAAUCAAAUUUUUCUGAAUCCUCGGAGACGGUUAUUAGAUUAGAUCUCCGUCCUCCGAAAGCAAAUCCGUCACUUCCUAAUCCGCAGGAAUUACUGUUUAUCCUGUUGUUGUGUUUUUAUCAUAAAUCUCGAUGAAACGUUACAUUAUCGCGAUGUGACGUGUUGAUAUCAGCACAGGCCUGGUUUAUCAAUUCAUCCACUCCGCUUUGUUUACUGUUUUUACUCUUCUGUGAUUUAUUUAUUUUUUUUUCUUAUAACACUCUCUCUCUUUCUCUCUCGCUCUCUUUCUCUUGCUCUCUCUCUCACUCUCUUUCUCUCGCUCUUUCUCUCUCUCUCUCUCUCUCUCUCUCAGAUCCCAUGAUGUAAACAGUGGAGUGUGAUUUGGGAUCAGACUCGUGUACUCUCACUUUUGUUUUCUUCUCUGUUUAAAGUCUUUAAAAUAAUAAACCCUCCAUCUGGAACCUGGUGCUUUACGCUCCUUCAGAGACUCGGCUAAAAACGAAUCCGUACUUUCACCAUCACGAUCGUCACCUAAACGUUUUUAUCGCGGUUAACGAUAAUAUUUUCUGUGGCGCCGUCGUGUUUCUCUGCAAACGUCACCGACAGUUUAUUAGCGUUCCUCAGGUCGGAUCUGAACUAGCGAAUUUUUUUUUUUUUUUUUUUUUUUAGGUACUAAACAUGACUAGCAGGGUAAACUAGCUAUAUAAUCGAGGUCACAAGGUCAUGUUACGUCGCUGAUCUUUUUGAUCCAAACGUAAAUACGGCGUUCUGUAAGACACGAUUGUAAACGACUCGUCGGAUCUCGAGCGAAACGCAGCCGAGGUUUAUUCACGCUGUUUUAUUUUUUUAAACGUAAACCAGCGUCAAUACGUUAAACGACAAAAUCGCAAGCUGCGAAGGCUCGACCUCCAUCGUGUUUUUAACGGAGGAGUUUUUAAUAAUAACGUGUUCUUUUCCGACACACGUUCUACUGUUCUACUUCAUUACGCGUCCUGUUUAAUGGACGAGGAUUAAAAUCGAGUCUGUUGCUAAAAAAACACUUACGAUAAAAAUGGACGUAACUGCAGAAGAGACGAGCUGAAGUCACUCUGCUUUUUUUUUUCUUUUGCGUCUCCUCUCUGGACACGACGCAUCUGUGAGUUCAGAACAAAAAAACGAGAAACAUGGCGAAAUCAUCGUCUUCUCUCUCUCUCUCUCUCUCUCUCUCUCGUACUCAAUUUUAGUUCGAGUCUUUAAAAAAGCGAGGUAUUAAAUCCUUAACGGAUCAGAUGAAUGUUGUGUUAAAGCUAUAACAAACACAUCAUUGUGAUUGGAUAAUAAACUGAAUUUUGAUUUAA